CCCUGCUCCAUCAUCAUCACAGCGAACAACAAGUGAAGAAAUCAUGAAUCAUCAGUCGGGGCCUUCAGUCGAAGCUUAGAUCAUUCAUUGCAGAUCGGCUCGCUUUUAAGAGUCUAGUUACAGCAGCUAAUACUCGAAUAAAAACAUUUUAAGUGGUUUGUAUUAACGUAGCGGGACCGGCGGCCUAUAUAUAUAUUUUUUAUUAUUUAUUUUUUUGUGAAAGAUGGCCGACAACGGAGCACACCAGACCGAGGAGGACCCGGCCGCAGCUUUCCUGGCUCAACAGGAGAGUGAGAUAGCGGGGAUAGAGAACGACGGAGACGGGCCCGGGUCGCUGGAAGGAGCCGGUGGUUUGCAGCCCUCCAUGUCGGACACCUAUGACGGGUUUGAAGAUGAGCCUGCCACACUGAACGGAGACAUGUUUCAGGAGUCCAAUGGCCCCACGGACAGCUAUGCAGCCAUCGCCCAGGUGGAUAUUCAGAGGCAAGAGCCAGAAAGUUUACGCAAGUGGAGGGAGGAGCAGAAGGCACGCCUUGAGGAAUUAGACACGGCGUCUAAGAAGGCAGAGGAAGAGUGGAGAGAGAAAGCCAAGAAGGAGCUGGAGGACUGGCACGUACAUCAGAGCGAGCAGAUGGAGAAGAACAAGGCCAACAACAGACUCUGUCCACGUCUGGCACGGAUUGCUGACAAGGCUUUCUACAAACAGCCCAACUCUGAUGUUAUAGGCUUCGUAGCCUCCGAGGAGGCUUUCCUGGCGGAGACCGACGGCGACAGCCCCGGGACUGAGUGGGAGCGGGUGGCCCGCCUCUGCGACUUCAACCCGAAAACCAACAAGCAGGCGAAGGACGUUUCCCGAAUGCGCUCCGUCCUCAUCUCUCUCAAACAGACGCCUCUGGUUCGCUAGGGGGCGCCGCGAGGAGCUGUAGAAACAUUUUUGCCUUUUCAGUUUUAAUCUCGCACUGCAUCAGAAGGAUUUGUACGCCCUUUUUUUUUUUUCCAUAAAAAUCUGGUGUGUUUAUAACCUUAAAACGAACUUCCUGCCUUUCUCAAUGCCUAUUAUAAUCGAACGAUGUACUGACUCUCUUGUGAGAAGAUGGACUGUUGUUACAACGUCCUUUAGCUGGUUAGCUUCACCACUGCUAAACUUAAGAAAAUAUUGUUACUGUAAGUUAAACAUUUUCCUUUCCCCUUUAACUUAUAAAUUAUUAGGUCAGCUUUUUUUGCAUGCCUCUGUCAAUGUCUUAGAUGCACAGAUUUUAGUUUGUUGUUUUUUUUUUUUAUUCUUUGCAUUUUGGUCAAACACAUACUGAUUAUUAAGCACUACUGCAGAUUAGAUUGUAACCACUGAAUGCCUCUCGUCAGUCUAGAACCACAAACACCUUCUUCUAAUUACCGUAUUUAAGGUAGCUAGCAUUUUUUUUUUUUCCUCUUUCACAUAAAUAAGCUUGUGGCCUUUGUGAUCUAGCUCUUACUCCAGUUUUGAGGAUGUAUCCGGAUGGAUUUUCAAUCAAUUAGACAAGACUUCAGCAAAAAAAAAUCAAAUAAAUCAUAAUAAUAAUAAUAACAAUAAUAAUGAUCACAACCAAAGAUUUCUGCUAUUGUCUAAAUUUUCACGUGAUUUGCAGCUUUUCUGAGCAAAAGUUUUAUCAAGUUUUAACAAAUUCUUCCUUUUUUUUAAAAAAAAAAUGUUCUUAAAGAAAAAAACACGGUAAUGUCUGCACAUUGUUUCACAUGUUGCCUAUAUGGACAUUAUGAACACCGAGAGAGUGAAUGUUAAAAGGGAACUGGAAAAUAAAAACAGUGGAGUAUGAUCACCUCAA